GCUCUACUCUGCACUAAACAACAGGAAGACGGCAGCCAGAGGCAGUUUUGUUGUUAUGAGACAUGAACUACUUCGUUUUUACUUGAAUGGAUACCAAACAGAAACUCUGGGCCAUGUUGCUGCCAGUAAGAUAUGAAACCGUGGAUUUCUGUGCUUUUUAGCAGCUCAGAUAAAUAAGAUAGACAAUGAAGCACGGCAGCAGCUAAUAGGCUAAUGCGCUUAGCAUCUGCUAACAUGCUAGCAAAGCGGGCUUCUGCAGAACCUCAAAGCAAUGGAUUCUAGUUUAGGGACCUGAUGGAUCAGAGGGAUGUGUACAAUGCUCUGAAAAAGGCUGACGUUGUGGUGAUCAGCUUUACCAGUUUACUUCCGUGUGUGAGAAGCGUGGCUGCAGGUGCAACAGAGCAGAUAUGUAAACAAAGCCCCUUUUUUGUCACAUUAAAGCAACUUUCCUUCGUUCUGUCAUGCUGCCUCAUCAUCACAGUUUAUUGUUUCUGGAAAGAAUCAGUAUGGCAGGCCAUUUUAACAUUAAAAGGCUAAGUUUGACUAUCCGGAAUGAACAUUGUAGAUAUCAGCAACGUAUUUCUCACUAGUCGUAAUUACAUUUUGGAUAGUUGGAAUUGUAAUUCAAGAUAUCUGUAACGUAAUUGUGACUAGUCGAAACGACCGAUAGAGAUAUCUAUAAUUCAGUUUUGCCUAGUCAAAACUGAAUUACAGAUAUCUGCAAUGACGUCAUUGAAAAACGACAUUCAACUCGUCACACAUCUUAAAUGACAAUUGUAGAUAUCUGUAAUUCAGUUUUGCCUAGGCAGAAUGCAAAGUAAAGAUAUCUCAAACGUCAUCAUCCCUAGUGUAAAUGUUUGUGCAUGACGUUGCUCUAUUGAGGAUAUCCAUAAAUACGCAAUUUCCCUUAUGGGAAGGGGAUAAUCACGUCCUUAUUUCUAUGAACAGAGGCAGAAAGAAGCAGUCAUGGCGUUGGCUGUAAUCGAAAAAAACACCAGAAAAUGGCAUGAAAUUCAACGAGCCCUCACACAGGGGAUUUGUGGAGAGAGAGAACGUCGUUCUAUUGAAAACUGUGAAAGAAAUCUCGGAAGAAUUGAACAUUUGCUGUCACCAGACACGAAUAAUGAACUCAAAAGCAGUUUGGCUCAACUGAAAACUAUAAUAGACGCAAAUUUCCAUGCUGGGGAAGACAGAAGUUUCUCUGUCAGGCGCGUUAGUUCAGGGAGAAGAGGCCGACCAGCCAUUGAUGUUUCCCGAGAACAGAUUGAAUUUCUGCUGAAGCAAGGCCAUACAAUUUCAAAAAUCGCUGAAAUCCUGGGAUGCUCCUCAUCAUUUUUGUACAAGAAGUCGAAGUUGUUGGGUUUACCUGUUAGAAGUAUGCUGUCUGCAAUAAAUGAUGGGGAACUAGAACAACAUGUUAGGCAACUUCAGAGCCAAUAUCCUAAUUCUGGAAAUGAGAUGAUCAGAGCCCUGUUGCGUGCACAGGGUGUGCUUGUUACACGGUCCAGGGUGCGUGAGAUGUUGACACGGGUCAAUCCUACUGCUGCUGCAAGGAGAUGGAGCCAGACAGUUGCAAGACGUGUUUAUCAUGUACCUUACCCCAAUAGUUUGUGGCACAUUGAUGGGAACAUGCGUCUCAUAAGAUGGGGUUUUGUGAUUCAUGGUGCAAUUGAUGGAUACUCCCGUCUGAUUACUUACCUCAACUGCAGCACAGACAAUCGUGCCACAACAGUGCUUUCCCAGUUUUUGAAAGCAACAUGCCUCUAUGCCCUACCAUCAAGAGUCAGAUCUGACCAUGGUGGUGAAAACGUCCUCGUUGCUUUUUUCAUGCAUCUAGUUCAAGGACUUGAACACAGAGGGUUCAUAACCGGACGAUCAGUUCACAACCAGAGAAUUGAACGCCUUUGGCGUGAUGUAUUUCUGCAUGUGUUGCAGCACUUUUACCUCAUGUUCUACUCCUUAGAGGAUUCAGAGGUUCUAAACCCAGAUGAUAAUGUCCACAGACUUUCACUGCAGAUUGUUUAUCUUCCUGAAAUUCAAAAAAGACUGGAGCAGUUUAGACAGGCCUGGAACUUCCACCCGUUGCGAACAGAAAAUAAUCGCACACCAUCUCAACUCUGGACAGAGGGCAUGCUCAAAAACAUUGCAACAGACAGCACAGCUGUCAACAAUGUGUUUGGGGAAAAUCCUUACAGCGACCAAAACAUUGAUGCCAUCCUAGCGCAGUAUGGAAUUCAAACACUGCCUCCACUUGAGGAAGAGUUCCCAGCUGUUCAUGUAGAGCCACCUCAACUCAUCCUCACUCAGCAACAACAGACAUCUGUACACAAUGCAAUCCAACACCUUUCGGAUCUAAAGUUAAAAUAUCAGGCUUGCUGUACUGCUAUUAUCAGUAUUUUGCAAACACAGGUAUAGUUGAAUUCCAAGCCCAGAGACAAAAGUUCAUUGGCUGCAUAUGUGAUCCAGGAGUGAAAGACUGCUUUGAAGUUUGAUUUUCUGUUAAAAUAAGGUGGUAUAGGCAGUGCAGCUGA